CAAGAAGUAGUCGAGAAGCCUUUUGACGUGGCUUUGAUUACCGGAGAUGGGAAGAAACUCGAAGCUCACAGAAGUGUUCUCUCAGAGGCAAGCCCCUUCUUUGAAAAACUGCUGGGUAGUGACAUGAAAGAGGCCAAAGGGGGAGUAGUUAGGAUGGAAAUGAUCACAGAGCUUGGUUUAAGAGAGGUUUUGGAAUUCAUUUACACCGGUAGUGUUCAAAUUUCGGCUGAAGACAAUGCCCAAGGCCUAAUCGCGCUAGCUGACUACCUGAUACUUCCUCAUCUUAAGGACCUCGCCCCAAGAACUCUGCAAAGGAACUUAAAUUCUUCGAACUCACUCUCAAUGUACUACUUGGCAGAGAAGUUUAGCUGUGAGGACUUGAUGUCCAACACCAGGGAUUUUAUCCUAGCAAAUUUUACUUCGGUGACGAAAUCUGAAGAGUUUUUCAACCUGUCGUACGAGGAAGUCAAAAUGUGGAUCUCAAGAGACGACAUACACGUUGACUGCGAGGAUGACGUCUUCAUCGUCAUCGUAGCGUGGAUUUAUCACAACAAACAGGACCGAACAAAAAACCUUUCCGAGUUGUUUCGUGAAGUUCGACUUCUUUACACGUCACGUGAUUUCCUACAAAAUGGCAUCGCUUUAUGUGAUCUUGUGAUUGACGACGAAUCCUGCAUGUAUCUCGUAACGGAAACUUUGAAAUUCUUUGACUCCAGAGAAUAUCGCAAUCGUCCGCUCGGCCACGUUAAGCCUAGAGUGUUGUUUGAAGUCCCUGUUUUACUUUUCUUUUUCAUAGACAUCACCAAUGAAAAGUAUCUGGCACCACUUCACUAUAAACCUCGCGAGAACACAACCCAUAAGGGUCAUAUUGUUUGUUAUUUCCCUCAAGACAAGGAAUGGUCAAUUUUUCCUGGAGUGCUGCUAAUAAAAAAUUCAAUUUGGAUCGUCUCUUGUCUUGGUAAACUAUAUUUCGCGUCAGAGUUUCCGAACAACAAGCUAAUAUGCUACGAUUCACUCACAAACUGUUGGACAUCAUUGCCAUUCGACGGGCGAAGAAAACUACAUUCGAUCUUCUCUAAUAAUCAAGAUGAAAUCUUCGCUCUAAUGUCUGACAAUGAAAGCUCUUGCCCAGACUGCGUUUUCCUGUUCUUUCGUGGAAUUGACUCGCACUGUCGAAAAAGCCAUCUUUCUUGUAUCAAAAAGUACAGUCCAGAAUCUAACUCUUGGGACACUGUGGCAACAUUUGACCUGGCCUCGAGGAAACUAGUUUGCACCGUAGCAAAAGACAAUUUUAUCUAUUUAAUUGGUGGCAGUAUUCAAGAAAACGAAAGAAGUAGAAUCCUGGCUGAU